AAACGCACGUGCUUAAGUCGAAUCGGUUUGACGGCAAGUAAAUAGAAAAAACAUUUGUUAAAACCUUUUUAAUAAAAACAGAUAAUGGAAGAGGUCUAUGAGGUCAUAGUUGGAAUUUAUGAGGGAUAUGUGUGUGGUUAUAAGUUGUUGGUUGACAAAACGUCAAAGAUACCAACUGUUCAGAUAUCUAAAACAUUUGCUGGUCCUCUGCACACACAAUCUGUUCGAGCAUUAGCGACAGGAAGUCAUUAUUUGGCAAGUGGCGGAGCUGAUGAUCGAGUUCGUGUGUAUGAUUUGAAAAAACGACAGGAAAUACGAGAGCUUUUACAUCAUUCAGGCACAGUGAACUCAGUAGUUUUUGUAGAUAAUGCAAACUAUUUGAUAACGGGUGGAGCAGAUGGCAAGAUUGCUUUUAUUAACACGAAAAAGUGGCAGCUCGACAAGGUUUGGGAAAAAGCUCAUAAAGGAGGAGUAACGUGCAUCAGCGUCCAUCCAGAAGAAAGUCUAGCGCUGUCUGUUGGAACGGACCUAGUUCUAAAAUCAUGGAAUUUGGUAAAUGGCCGCAACAUUUAUACGACGAAUUUAAAGAACAAAGCCCAAUACGGCGGAAAUGUCGAAAAUAUACGAUGGUCACCUAAUGGAGAUAAUUUUGCUAUUACGGGAGCAAGAUUUGUGGAAGUUUUUAGCCUGGACACAGGAAAUGUCAUCAAGUCUCACAAACUGGAAAAUCGUGUCACAGAUUUGUGUUGGAUAGGAGAUGCUGAUAUAUUAGUAGGACAAGACAGUGGCGAAAUGUUCUUUUUUAAUAUAGAAAAUGACGAAAGUAACACGAUUCCCGCUCACGACUCACGUCUAAAGGCCAUGUACUAUGUUGAAGGCUUAUUAGCUACCGUAUCUAGUGCUGGAGAUCUAAGUAUUUGGAACAUUUCGGAAGACUAUACAGAAAUAACUCAGUUGCGUGAAUACAGCUUAGAAUGCAGACCAACUUCUUUAUGUAUAAUAGAAACAUCUAAAUUAGGUUUGAGUAUUGAUAAUUAUGCUGAAGAUUAUACUAAACCUAAUAUAGAGCAUGAUACAGAUGCUGAGUAUAUGGUAAACAAAAGUACAGCAGAAGAAGACCGAGUCAUCAUUGAGUACGAAAAUGAGAUUCAACCCACAAUGAAAGGGAAACAAAAACACAAUUCAAAACGAAUGGAACAAAGCCAAGAGGAAGCAUUCAAACAAGAAGAAAAUUUUAAAGGUCAAAAUAAAUUAAAAGUGAUUGAGGAAAUGAAGUCAAAAGGCGACAUCGUGAAUUCCAAAAAAACUACAACUAAGAAAUCUAAAAAGAAAAAACUUUCAAAUCUAUCCUCCAUGGAUUUUGAAAUUACAGACGACAUUGAGGAUUGUAAUGACAAAAAAAGAACGUUGGAAAAAGAAAGCACGACCACAUCUUACAAAACAUCAGUUAAGCGAAAUACUAUGCUUAGCAAAUCAUUAACUAAAAAAUCUAAAACAAACUUUAAAAAACAACGAAAAAGUUUGUAGUCUCAAAUAAAUAUAAAACAAAAAAUAAAGAAUUUAAUGAUUUUAAU